AUGGCGUCACACGCGGACAGUGCUCACGACCUGCUGGAUCUCGAUAUAGCGACAUUACGGCAGUUCGUCGAAUUCUUCCCGACUGAAGGUCUCGCCAAAGUUAUCACGGGUUAUCUCAGCAGUGGCGCAUCGAAAUAUCCACUCUCAGAAAACACAGAUGACGAGCCAUCCUCGCCAGAUUUGAGCGAAGGCGGAAUAGCAUUGAACCCAGAUGUUCCUGUAUCACAAGAAGACUGUCUAGUGUUGAUGACUGAAGGCAUCUUGGAAGCUAGAAAAUCACCACUUGCACAUUGUUUGUUAGGGGACUACUAUCUCUCGUUGGAAGAGUACGAGAGCGCUGUUGAAUGCACCAGAAAAGGGUUGAAGCUCGCAGCUGCCGAAGCUAAAAAGACCGACCUGUCAUUCCAGAGAACCUUGGACGCACUGAGUAGUACUCUUGCGACAGCUCUGGUUUACUACCAGGCCCCAAAGAAUCAUCCCGAAGCCAAAGAAAUAUUCCAAUCAGUGAUCAAACGCAAGCCGCAAUUCACCUCAGCUCUCAUUGGACUUGGCUUGAUUCUGGAGGAAGAGGAGGAGUACGAGAAGGCUUAUGCGUUCCUCGACCAGGCUUUGCAACAGGACAUUUCGAAUGGACGCAUUGGUGCCGAGGCAGCGUGGUGUCAGGCGUUGAGUGGCGAGUACAAGAUUGGACUAGACAAGCUUCAAGGCUAUCUCGACUACCCGCAAUUGGACGCCUCGAAACAGCGUGGCAGAGAACUCCGAGCACAGACACUCUAUAGAAUAGGUGUUUGCAUAUGGGAACUCGAUCCGUCCAAGGCCGCAAGAAAAGACCGACAAGGAGCUUACGCAAAGCUGCUCGCUGCGAUCAAAGCAAACCCGAACUAUGCACCUGCAUAUACGCUGCUGGGCAUAUUCUACGAAGAUUACAACAAAGACAAGAAGAGAGCAAGGCAGUGUUUUCAGAAGGCUUUCGAGCUGUCCCCGUCCGAAAUCGUCGCAGCGGAGCGUUUGGCUAGGCUUUUCGCCAAUCAAGGCGAAUGGGACAUUGUCGAAGCAGUCUCCCAACGAGUAGUCGACUCCGGCAAAGCUCGACAGGUGCCGGGCUCGAAAAGGAAGGGUGUGAGCUGGCCGUUUUCGUCGCUUGGUGUCGUCCAGAUGAACAAGCAAGAAUACCAGAAGAGUGUCGUGUCAUUCCUAUCGGCGCUACGUAUCAGUCCUGAUGACUACUACUCAUAUGUUGGUCUCGGCGAAAGCUACCACAAUUCUGGGCGAUACAACUCCGCCUCACGCGCCUUCAACUACGCGGAAAACCCAACUGAUGGUGUCGUGCUAAAGAAGACCGACGGUGAGAGCUGGUUCACGAAAUACAUGUUGGCGAAUGUCAAUCGCGAACUGAGCGAGUACAACACAGCGCUCGAAGGGUAUGAGGCAGUUCUGUCUCAAAGACCAAAGGAGUUCGGUGUCUCGAUCGCUCUACUUCAGACGCUUGUCGAGAAAGGCUGGAAUUGUGUUGAAACUGGCUUCUAUGGAGAAGCGGUUGACAGCGGUGUGAGGGCUAUCGAGGUGGCUGUCACAAUCAUUGACUACAAACCUGAUGCGUUCAACUUGUGGAAAGCCGUGGGCGAUGCGUGCAGUUUGUUCAGUUGGACACAAGAGAAGCUGAGCAAGUUUCCUUUUGAGAACGUGGAAAAGUUACUGCGCAGUGACUCAGACGUUGGUGUUGAUUUCGACGCACACAAAGACAUUGAUGGGAUCGGGAAGAGCGACCUGGAGAUUUUCUCCUCGGACAAGGUGUCCAGCUUGACGAAAGUGCUCAAGGCCUCGAUUCUAGCCCAGAAGCGAGCGAUUGCCAGCUGUGUUCAUGACAUCCAUGCACAAGCGGUAGCAUGGUACAACCUUGGCUGGACUGAGUAUCGUGCGCACGUCUGCCUCGAGCAGGAGGCUAACGAUGAGCAAAAGCUGACUACUUACCUCCGAGCAGCCAUGAAGUGUUUCAAGCGUGCCAUCGAAAUGGAAGCUGGAAAUGCCGAGUUCUGGAAUUCACUCGGUGUCAUCACAACAACCCUGAAUCCCAAAGUUGCGCAACAUGCUUUUGUUCGUUCUCUACACCUCAGCGAUCGAAACGUGCAUACCUGGACCAACUUGGGGGCACUCUACUUACUCCAGAACGAUCAUGAACUCGCCCAUGUCGCGUUCUCACGCGCACAGUCACAAGAUCCCGACUAUGCUCUGGCUUGGGUGGGCGAAGGUAUCGUUGCUCUUCUUUUCGGCGACGCCAAGGAAGCGUUGUCUCACUUCACACACGCGUUCGAACUCUCAGACUCUUCAUUACUCCUCACCAAACGACAGUACGCGGUAUCAGCGUUCGACUUUCUAGCUUCUUCUCCUUCGGCCACGAGUGACAUCACCAACCUCAUUCAGCCUCUGUUUGCGCUUCAGCAACUCAACAAUCAGGCUCCCUACGAUCUACCACACAAGCAUCUUGCUGCUCUCUUCUUGGAACGUGUAGGAAACCCCGAGGCCGCCGUGAGCGCGUUACAAAGCGUGUCCGAAGCUGUUGAGCAAGAGUACGAGAAAUCCGAGUCGCUCCCUGCACUUGCUCGUGUCGUACAAGCCAAGACGGAUUUGGCGCGCAAUCUGCUUGCUGCUGGCUCAAACGAAAGUGCAGUCGAAGAAGCAGAGACAGCUCUUGAUCUCAUUUCUGAAUUCGACGGGGAUGCAGGCCAGUCCACUUUGUCUUCCGAACAGCUGGCGAAGGUCAAACUGUCUGCACGACUCACCGCUGGCCUAGCACACUACUUCAAUGGCGCUCUGGACGCAGCCAUUCCGUACUUCCGUACUUCUCUUGAAGUUACAAGCUCGAAUCCAGACAUCAUCUGUCUUCUUGCGGAGGUCCUCUGGGCUAAGGGUGGAGAAGAUGAGAGGCAAGUCGCCCGCGAUCAGCUAUUCACCGCCAUUGAGAAACAUGAAGGGCAUGUCGGUCUACUGACGCUCAUUGGAGCCAUGACGGUACUGGACGAUGACUUGGAGACCAUGGAGGCUAUCAAAGACGAUCUCGAUCGCUUACGGGCUGACAAGAAGCUCACUGACGAACAGCUUGCGCGCGUGGAGAAGGUUAUCGAAGCCAUUUCUAUUACCAUUGGUGGCGAUGGACAAGCGCUCGAUCAGGCCAGACGAAGUGUCAUGUUAGCGCCAUGGAAACAUACGGGAUGGGCGGAACUUGCUGAUGCGGCUGGGGGUGACGUUUUUGCAAGUACCCUUGCGAAGGAAACAGCUAUGAGAAAUGCGCCACCCAAUGGAUCCCUGAAUGCCGUUGGCUUGGCGGGAGCCAUGGCUAGCACGGGAGAUGUGAGGGAUGCUCAAACAGCGAUUGUCACUGCGCCUUGGUGUAGAGAGGGUUGGACGGGAUUGGUCGAGUGUGUGCAGGGCGCUUAA